AUGGCAGAAGCACCGUCGGCUAGCUAUGACCGAUACGAAGAGGACUUUGUGAAGGCAUUCAAAAUAAUAGACUCUGCAGAGCUCCCCUCAGUUGAGAACAAUGCAUUACAUCUAUUCGCGGGUGGGUCGAGAGCUCCUUAUGACUCGUCAAAAUAUGUUCGCGACCGGGUAGCCCAGGAUUCUGAGUCUAGUACUUUGGAGGAGACUCUCCAUUCGAUAUACGAGGAGUUGAAGGUGCUGUCGAAGAAGAAUCCAGAGAUUGAAGCUGCGCUUUAUGAGCGUGACGGUGGUCGCUGCUUUAUCACCGGCCGUACUGCAGGCGUUAAACCCAUCUAUAUUAUUCCUCCAUCGAUUCUGGAAGACGAAGACUUACAGCCAGGGGGAUACCUACGCCCACUCCUUGAGGCCGCCAUAACCAAGGAAGAGACCGAACAGAUGUUUAGUCUUCUAGGGUCGCCAGGUAGAGAGAGUGUUCUCAAAAAUCUUAUUCUGAUGGAGCCAUCGAUUCGAUGCUGUUUUCGUUAUGGGUAUUUCGAGAUCAUCAAGUCACCAUACUUAGAACCUCCAUACCUACCGGAGGAUGCACCAAAAUCAAAGGACGGUGGAUGGCGGCUUGAGCGCACAAGGCCCCAAUUAAUGACGCCACUAAUAAUACCCUAUGACAACGAGUUAUACAAGGUUCCGUCAACGAUAAAUCCUGCUAGUCACCCAUUGCCCGCGCGGCUAUUACUAAGAAUCCAUGGAACCGUUUGCGAACCACUGCGCACUAUUGAUAUAGAGAAUGAAAUUAAAGCAGGCUGGCCCAUAAAACCAGAGCCUAAAGAGCUUAACUGGGUAGUAAGGCUUUUCCUUCGAAGUUUUUUGCGCAUUAUACCCAACUUUGCUCGCAUACGGAUUUACGAAUAUGUCGACAAGAUGGUAGAGUAUUGGGAUCCUAGACAAAAACGCUCACACGUGAAGUAUCUUCCACUCGGUCUUGUUCUAAAGAAAGGCCGUGAAAAUACAGAAAACGAGGCUAGUGCUCUGUUAGUUGCGGAAAAGCAUGUAUCAAUCAGUACGCCGCGAUUGAUUGACUCGGUCAUGAUCGAUAAAUCAUCAGGUUUUAUCUUGAUGACAAAAGUUUAUGGAUACCCAUUGAACAAGGUACUUUACCGCGUUACAUGGGAAGAACUGAAACAGAUAGGAGAAGAUUUGGCUAAAUUUAUUGCUGAAUUGCGGCGCAUUCCAAAUAAAUCGGACUACCUCAUUGCAGACACGCGAGGGGGCCCCGUUAAUGACCACAGGUUCUUCUAUCAGGCUUGGGGCCCAUUCAAAACCGUCGCCGGUUUUACUGAUCGCCUCCUUCAAGAUGUCAAAGGGCCCAGAGACAAACCACCACUCUCUUUUCUGUACGAAAAGAAACAUGAAGUUUACUUCACCCAUUCCGAUAUACAUAUGACUAAUCUAUUUGUCACUCGUGGGCGGCUAUCGGGUGUUAUUGAUUGGGAAAAUGCUGGCUUUAAGCCCGAGUAUUGGGAGUACAUCCGGUCAUUGUGGCCGUAUGGAGCAGAUAAGCGUGCAAAAUUCCUAUAUGGCACUGCUUUUGGUGAUAAGUAUAAGGAAGAAUAUGAGGCAGAACUGUAUAUUUUGAAGCGUUGCUCCUGGCUACUUUGA